CAUGCACUAGCACAAUAAGAAUCAAGGUUCAUUAUUAUUAUAAAUUAAAGCUAACAUUGAUUUUAAUUAGCAAUACACGUUAGAAGAUGACCAUUAUUACUAAUUACCAAAGUAGAUUGCUGCAAAUUUUAAAGGUCAAAGAACUCAUACUAAUGUAAACAUUGUUUCAUCCUUUUAGUAUAAAUAGGAUAUAUAAAAGUUGGAUGAUGAUUUAAAGGAUAUUGCAGAGACGGCUGUUCUUAAACUUAAAGAUUAUGCUAAAGUUUGGGAUGUUGACUCUAAUGAUCAAUAAUAAAGAUAUUACUUCAACAUUCCACCAACAAGUUUCUUACAAAAAAUCCAAGAAUUUUAAUUACCUAAAAACUUUUAAGCUGUAAGAUUUUUGAAUUUAAUCAUUUAAGUAUGAAUAUAAUGCUGUAGCAAAACUAUCGGAAAAACAAAUUAAAUAAAUGAAGGAAACUGGAACUUUUGAAGUUCCCUCUAGAUAAUUUCCAAUUCCAUAUGUUUGGUAGAUUUCAUCUUGGGUAAUUAAAGGUAAAGAAUUAGAAUUUAUCAAAGGAAUUUAAAAUAUUGAAACAUCAAAGUAUUUGGAUCUUGCCAGAGCAUAUAAAGCAUACAGAACUUGGCUAGCUUAUAUUGCUUAAGAAAGAGAUGAAAUUGGAAGAAAUAUAUCACUUAGAUCUGCUGUAUAUAAUAUAGGAAUUGUAAUUAUUCUUAUAUAUAUUAAAGAGACCGCUAGUGAUAUUUUCGAUAUUUUUUGGAUUUAAAGAGAUGUAUUCUUACGUAGAUGACCUAAAAAUAUUAAUUCUCAUUGAAACGUAAAGAUAAUUUGAAUUGAAGAAAUUACAGAAUGUCAAUGUUGAGUUAUAUAAAUAUUUAUAACUGAACCCUAAUGAUAAGGAAAAUUUAGAAGCCAAAUAAAAAUAUGACGACUUAUAAAGAUGUUAAAACGAUUUCGAAAUUGAAAGAAAUGGAAUAAGGUUGUAAAUGCAAAGCCUAUAUGAUAUUUAAAUAGAAAAGAAAACUUUACUAAAAGCUGAAGAUGAAGAGAUUGUAGAGUAACACUAACAUUUACAAGAAUAAAUAAAUUAAUUGUAAUGCGAUUUUGUUAAAAAAUAUAAUCUAUUUAUUGAUAAGGACAUUGAUAUAACAAUCUAGAUUGAAUAAGCAGCAUAUUCAGCUCAAAAAUAGUUUUGGGAAAAAACAAAAUAUCAUAAACCUAUUGUCUAACAACUUAUUUCCUUAGGAGAUUGUUUAAGACUUUACGAUUAUCAUUACGAAAUUUAUUACACAAAAUAUAAUGCAGCCAUAAAAACCUUUAAGGAAUAGAUAAAACUAAAACAUAAAAUAAAAUCCAAUUUCCCUAAGUUUGUAGAGGAAGAAACUUAAAAAUUCAAAAAGGAUGUGAAAAAAUAAUUCAAAUAAGAAUUUGUUAAAAAUUUUUUAGCAGAUAUGAAAUAAUUAAAUUUGUCUGAAUAAUAGGUUUAUGAGUAAUUUGAAUAAUGCAAAAAAUAGAUGAGGGAAAAUCUUAAGCAAAUGAGAAGCCAAAAGAAAUUAGAAAACAAAGAACCUUCGAUUAAAAUUGUUGUGUAUGAAUUUCUUUUUAAAUUAGCUAAAAACGAUUAUUUCCUCCAUAUGAAGUUUAUUAAGAAAGAAAUAGAUUUUAUUUGAGAAGAUUUAAAGAUUACCACAUUGAUUCUUCUAAAGCUGGUUGGAAGCUUAAAUUAAUAGUGAUAAGAUACUAUGUUUGGACAGUUAACAUUAUAUUUUGGUUAAGUGCAAAUGCUGUUUCUGGACCUAUUGGAAUUAAGGCUUUGAUAAAAUCGAAUAAAUUUAGACCAGAUGUAACAGUAGAUUCAGUAACUGGUAAAGUCAUGUCUUCAAAUUUUACUGUUACGCCCUUGAGAAUAAAGUUUCGUAAUGUAUUAGAAGGAAUGAGGAACUCCAGAUGUCACUUUGAAGGUAGUCCUGAUACUGGUUUGUUUGGAAAAAAUUUAUAUAGGGUUUUUAACUUAAUAGAAGUCUAUAUAUUUAGAUUUUUAUUAGUUGGCAUUAUUGGAGUACUAAUUAUCUUACCAACUAUUAUUUUAUCUAAUGUGGUAAUAUCUACUCUAUUGGCAUUCACUGCUUGGCUUUGGAUCCCAAUAACCAUACUUAUUAGAAUCCUAUUUAAUUCACUAAUUUAUGAUACAGAUGUAUGUCGAAGAAGAGAAAAAGAUAUUAUUUGGAGAUCUCCAAAUUGGUUUCCAUUAAUCAUCAAUAUUUUUGAUUUUUUAAUUUUAGGAAUUUUAAACGCAGUUUAUUGCUUAUUUAAAUUGCUAAUAUGGCAUCCCUUUUGGAUAACAUUUAUGGCUGCAUUUGCUUAUCUUAGAUUUUACACAAGAUUGCUCUAUGAUUCGUUUACUAUUAAUAUUAUCAAACUAAUGGGUAGAGUUCCAUCCUCAGAAAACAACAUAGCUUGGAAAAUCUCUGGGCCUGGGUUGUCAAGAUAAUAUUUUUACGGAGUAUAUAAAAUUUUUAAAUAAGAUCUAAUUACCUUAAGUAUUGAUUUUGGUUCAAGCAGAGUUAGAGAAAAAGAUUCUAAAUCUAUACAAAUAAAACUUAACAAAUCUAAUCAACAGACCUUCAUAAGAUCUCAGGUAAAAAAUUAACCCGUUUUUCUAAUUAUUUAAUGUAAAUAUAUCAAAUUCAUUUAGGCAUAAUUUUAUUUUGAUGAUCCAGCUUGCCGAUAUUUGACUAAUUAAUUAAAUAAAUAAAUAGAGGAAAGAUUAAGCCUAUUUCCAAAGCUUAAUCAUCAAAUUAGAUUUUCUGAAGAAGAAUUAAAGUACAUUUUAAAAUAGGUUAAAUCAUUUGUGAAAAAAUAAAUAAUUUUAAAAGAUAUGAAAUCUUACAUUUGGGAUUCUUACGAGGUUUAGAAAGGGGACUAUAAUUAAUUAUGCGAAAAGAUUAUGGCUGCAAUAUUUGGUUCUGCUGUUCUUGAUCCAUUCGAAGAUUUAGAGAUGAGAUUUUAGCUCGUAUUCUAAUCAUAUUAUCUUAGAAUAUUUCUUAAAACUUUGAUUUUAUUAGAAAAGUGGAUAAAGCUUUAGACGGGGACAUAUUAUUUCAGCUGCCAAGUGAUUAUACAAUCCAACCUAAAAAAUUAGGAGAUAAUCCUGUUAUUUAAAAACAAUUUAUUUCUUAUUAGCAUGUAAUCCAUUUUAUUAUUUAGGUUUUACAAAAUGUGUGGAAUUGGCAAAAAUUAGAGUAAAGUUAAAGUUCUUUAAAUUCCAAAAGAAAUAGAUGUUUAAUAAAUUAUAGUAUAAAUCCUAAAUAGUGA